CUGCGGGGACAGAUUUAUCAUAGAGUCUCGUAAACAAAAGCGACUACUGUUACUUGUGGCAGCAGCGGCGGGAGCAACAUUAGAUUGCCUCGGUUGAUCGGUUGGGACUCGUUGAGUGUUUUGAAGCGGACAGGUAUCGAUAUCUGAGAGCGUGAUUGAUAAACAGCGCGCGCGUGCAGAACUUGGGCGAAUAUCACCCGAACGGCACUUGCCAUGAUGGAAAACACUGGCAACAUUUCGGACCUUCUGUACGCGCUUUCCAACCCAAUGGUGUCGAAUAGCAGCAUAUUCUGCCGAAACUUCAGCAACAGCUCCGGUCUCGUGAACAUGAACAGCUCAGUAUGUGACAGGACGCCUGAGCUGGACAAAAGCUCAACUCCAGUGAUUGUGGCCAUCGUCAUCACUGCCUUAUACUCUAUAGUGUGUGUGAUGGGACUGGUGGGAAACGUCCUCGUCAUGUAUGUUAUUAUAAGAUACACCAAAAUGAAAACUGCGACCAACAUCUACAUCUUCAACCUUGCUCUAGCAGAUUCCUUGGCGACAAGUACUCUACCCUUUCAGAGUGUGAAUUACCUGAUGGGUACAUGGCCUUUUGGAGACGAGCUGUGCAAGAUUGUGAUGUCCAUUGAUUACUACAACAUGUUCACCAGUAUCUUUACCCUCACCACCAUGAGUGUUGACCGUUACAUCGCUGUUUGCCACCCUGUUAAAGCCUUGGACUUCAGAACGCCCCGAAAUGCCAAGAUUGUCAACGUGUGUAACUGGAUCCUUUCAUCUGCAAUCGGUCUCCCUGUCAUGGUCAUGGCCUCCACCACUUCUGAUCUCCACUCGAAUGGCAUCAUUGACUGCACUUUGCUCUUUCCCCAUCCGUCCUGGUACUGGGAGAACCUCCUGAAGAUCUGUGUCUUCAUCUUCGCCUUCAUCAUGCCCGUCCUCAUCAUCACAGUCUGCUACGGCCUGAUGAUCCUCCGCCUGAAGAGCGUGCGAAUGCUCUCUGGCUCAAAGGAGAAGGACCGCAACCUCCGGCGCAUCACCCGAAUGGUGCUGGUGGUAGUGGCGGUUUUCAUCGUCUGCUGGACGCCCAUCCACAUCUUUGUCAUCAUCAAGGCUCUGGUGACAAUUCCCAGCUCUCUCCUGCAGACCAUCACCUGGCAUUUCUGCAUCGCCCUCGGCUACACCAACAGCUGCCUCAACCCGGUGCUCUAUGCCUUCCUGGAUGAAAACUUCAAGCGCUGCUUUCGAGAGUUCUGUGUUCCCAGCCCAUCAGUUCUGGACCUGCAGAACUCCACCCGCAGCAGGAACCCCCAGCGUGAUGGUCAGUCCAGCGGCCACACGGUAGACAGGACAAACCAGCAGGUAUGACUAGUCCUGGAGAUGUCAUCACUGGAGUCCCGCAGCCAACCCAGUGUUGACAUGAGCUCAGAGGUCACGCAGGUCACCACAGGUGUCUGACACCGUCAGCGGUAGGUUCAACCUCUUUAAACAUCUUGCUAGGCCUCUCACAGUUUUAGUUUGAGGAAAGACUGUUAAACUAUUUUUUAGUGCGAAAUAUGAAGGAUAUUAUGUUAAUGACCCUCUAGGACACAUCAAUAAGCUAAGCUUAUUUCACUGUCUGUGAUGUUCACAGUCAUGCACCUGAUGUAAACUUAGUCCAGCAUUUAAGACUACAGUAAUUCAUCAUUCAACACUUUAGUGGAGAUCAAAAUUAGAGAACUACUGAACACUUUAUUUUUUAUAUAUAUAGGUUGUUUCUCAAUAUGCGUUCUUAAAUGAUCUUGCGUCCUCAUGUCUUUGUGUAAUGUCAUCAUCAACCACCAAAGUUCAAUUCCAAAACUCAAGACUGCAAAACAGUGGACCUGUGAAAGAUCCCAGAUGUGUUCUUGAUAUCGAGGAUGCAAACUUGAGUGCAGUACUUGCUCUAGAAGUCCAAGAAGUCAUUGUGGCUGAAUAAAGAAGGUGGGAGAUGCAGCAUUUCUAUUAUUAAAGUCUAGAGAUGUAACUUAAUAAUCUCCGGAGUUUCCCUAUGAUGAAAGUAAAUGUUAACAUGAAAAUGAUAAUAAAAGUAUAAACACAUUAAGGGUGUUUAUAUGCUGAAAUUCAUAUUAAAAUCUAUUUUAUUUGUAUUGAACAAAGUAUAUUUGUAAGGCUUUGUUGUACAUAUAGUAAGUGCAUGUUAUACAUAUAUUGAAAAGGGAUCAUUGUAUGAAUGAUGUAAUGUUUAAAUAACUUUCCGUUAAAAACGUGUGAAGGUCAUGUGAUUAUCAGGAAGAACACAGCAUCUCAUUUCUCACAGGAUGUGUUCUGUGUUCUUGUGGUCUCCUAAGUUAAUUUUUCUGAGGUAACUUGCAAGAAUUCCCUUUAGAAGAACGCAAAUCUGCUCUCUGCGUUUUUGGAAUUAAGACACAGGCAUUUGUUUUUCAAAAAUAUUAUUACCUUUAUUAUUCAAAGUUUGAAGGAGUUUUAGUUGUGGCCAUUCCUUGCUAAAACUGCUGUGAUGUAAAAAUAACCAAGGCAGUUUAUUUUGUUGAAAAUACAGUGAUCAAAUUUAGAGACCAGUAAAGAUUCUAGCACAAAGGAAUAUAACAACUGAAAUUUCUGAAUGUUAAAGCAGUCAAAAGUAUACAGCACAAACCCCUGCUCUGAAUAAUGUUUCAGUGAGCUUCCCCAAACCAUGACAUUUCCUUUUCCACUUUUCACUGACUUCUUUUCCUUCUUUGUGUUCAGUCUUUCUCCAGUUUGAUGAAAAACAUAAUGUUUCCCAUUAGACACAAAUGAACUGAACUUGCUUUCAUCACUAAAGGGAACGUCACACUUUUUGUUUUCUGUCCAUAAAAAACAUGUUCCUCAGCAAAUGUUACUUUAGCCUUUUGAUUCGUCCAUUGGUUACUGUGAACUUUCAGGCCAAAUUCUUUAAAAUGAGAGAGACUGUGUGUCCAGUCACUGUAUGUCCAUCACCGAACUUGGGGCUGGUUGCACCAGUGCUUUAUUUCAGCGUGAAAUCAAAAUUUGCAAUGUUUAUUUUGCUAGAUAACAUUGUUAUUGUUAAUGUGAAUAAUUAAUCCGUACAAGUUAAUCUACUGAAAUUUUUUUUUUUUUUUAUUUAUGAAUUAAUAGCAACUGCAUAUUAAUUCCCUCUCUUACACUCUCAUAGUCAGAGCCACUGAGAGAGGUAGAGUUGCGAUAACUCCCCUGAUUACUAUGGAAAAUAUUUUCAACAGCAAUGGUAGCCUGCAGCUCAAUAGUUCUCUGAAGUUUGCACUUGUACAAAGUGCUAUGAAAAUGUACAAUAUGAAAGUGUAUGAAAGUGCUAUAAAAUGUACAAAGUUAAAGAAAAAAGAUUGUUUGUGUUUAAAAGUUUUCUAACAUUAUUUGAAUUAACAGUGAAGCACUUCCUAGCAUACCUGCCAACACUCCCGUUUUUCCCGAGAGUCUCCUGUAUUUCAGACCCAUGUCCCGACACCCUCCCGUUUUGUUAUUUCUGCCGGAAAACUCCCGUAAUUCUCAAUCCUCAGCGUGUUGGUACAGUCUGUAAAACCCUCAGGUCCCCAACUUGUGUAUAGUUAGUAUCCGUUCGCACCCAAAACCUGCUCUGUACAGUUACUAAAAAAUGAAUUACUCUCAAAAGUGUUAUUGAGACACCUCACCUGGAAUGGCCAGUCUCCCAUGUAUUUAGGGACAAAUGUUGGCAGGUAUGCUUCCUAGAACAAUUUGAGUUCACUUUAAUCAUGUGACGAUCGAUUAUUUUUGACUUACGUUGACGCAACUUUCUAUAGGGCUCUGCUGUUAGAUUGCUAUGAGGGAAUGGUGCGCAAAAAAGCCUUGCCCCCUACUCAAUAUUCCUUUUCAGUUGGAAGUACAUCAACAUACUUAAAUAAAAGUCUCAGCAUCUUCCUAUUCACACUGACGUUAAGUUAAAACUAUAGUUGCGAUUAAAAGGGACACUAAGUUACAACUUAACACACUACUAAAUAGUUUUGUGUUGCUUAGUUUGAACGCAACUCUAUAAUCCAACUAAAUAUUAUAGCAGCCUCUGCUCAUGAAUUAUGGUAGGACAGAGAUGACAGCAACUGUUGAUUGAGCUCAUGAUUGAUAAUGAAGAACUGAUAGUUUCUCCCUAUUUUGCUGUUAAACAGUUCAAAGGCUUAUUAUAUUACAUCAUUCAAUGUAACUACGCAUUACCUUAAAGAGAACUUACAACCUACUUACUACGUUCUAUCUUAAGAAUAUGUGGUGGGACCAAAGAAAGUACAUUUAGUUAUAAACGAGCUACUAGUAAAUACAAAGCCCUAGUGUGGAAUUUAUGUUUACAGUUUAAACAAGAACUUACGAAUAGCUAGUGCAACUCUACCAUAGUGAUCAGUUCCAGCUGCAGUGUUGAACUCAUUGACCACUGAGAUUCUCCACAUUCUACUGUCCUCUUGUGCAUUUGCCUUUCCUGGAUGACUAGCUGAUUUAAAGGGAACUUAAAUGAGUUAUUGACGCAGUAUUGAGAUGCAGAAAUCAGAAAUCACCAAUUUGGAAUGACUAGCUUCUCUUGCUGCUCUAUGAGGGUUUCAGUCAAUUUAUAAAAGCUCACCAUCUUACAAACUCACUAUAAAAACUGGAGAUUUAGGCUGUAAAACCACCGGGUGCCCAUCUUGUGUAUAGUAUCCGUUCGCAGCGGCCACCCAAAACCCGCUGCAUAGUACCGUUACUAAACAGUGAAUUACUCUCAAAAGUGUUAUUCAGACAUCUCACCUCGAAUUGCUGCAUGGUAAAUAACAUCCAGUUUGUGAAGGAAAGUUUUUGAAGCUGAUCUGUAAGUUAAAUCACCAUAAUCCAUAAUUGGUAAUACUGUUAAUUUGACCAAAUACUGCUUUGAAGAGUGCGUAAAAGAAGAUCCGUUUCUGUAAAGAAAACCAGUAUGGGCUUUAAGCUUUUUGAGCAAUUCAUUUAUGUGAGUUUCUAAUAACAGUUUACCAUCUAACCAGAUUCCAGAUUAAAUGUCAGAUCAUUCAAAAUGAAAAAUCAUCAUCUUAACACCAAUAACUGGGAUCUUUCUGUAAGUGUUCACUGACUUUGAUCAGUCUUCUCUUCAAAUAUCUAAUUUACGUUUUUAUACUGUGUUUCAGAGUAUAUGUAACUCUUAAAAAGUGCUGUUUUCCUCCUAUUAGGUUAACAUUAAAUAAGAUAAAGCAGUGACUUUGGUAUUUAAGAAAUUGUAGGUUGUUCUCUAAUUUUGAUCUCCACCUGUAUAUAUAUAUUUAUAUUCUCUCAUAGAUAGAUCUUAAAUACCCUUUAACAUUUAAAUAGUCUAAUAGUUAUUUUAUAAGUGGCGACACUGUUUAUUUGUAUAAAGAAAGAGUCUCGAUUCAAUUCUAAAUUGAACAAUUAUGUAAAUGAUGUAUAAAUGGCAUUUCUUCAAAAUGUUCAGUGUUUUUGUCUUUCCCUUAAAUCGUAUUUCGAUUGUAACUUGCUUUCAUGGCCAACAAGAUGAUUUGGCUAAGCUGCCUUGUUCAAUUAUGUUCUUUCGGAGUGACUGAAAUUAAUCAUCGGAUGACUGUUGGAAGUGACGCUGGCGCUGUUGCUCUGAUUUACCAUGGACUUCAUAGAAAAGCCGAAACACAAUAAGAAACGCCUCUCGCAACAAUGGAUAAUUUUCAUGCUUCAGUGGUGACAAAUGUAUUGUGCUUGUACUCGGAUGCAAAUCUCUUGUACUUAUGUAAAUGUCCAAUGUAAUCGUCUGAUUGUCACUCACAUCAAGGCAUUCUGUCUGAAAAAAAAGGAAAUGUUUUAUGCUUUAAAUUACCUUAAAGAUCUGUGUGCAGGUGUUUCUGUUAGAUUUCUCUGUAUGCAGCAUCAGAAAUAAAUA